GUUGUACUAAUUAAUGUGUGAAGAUAGCCUGAGCAGUGAGCACGUAAAAAAUAAAGAGACUAAUUAAGCACAUGUUCUGCAUAGUUUUUUUUCGUUAGUAUUAACUUAAUUAAUUAGUGAUGGAAACUGAACAAUUGAAGACUAAGUAUGCUCUAAUUCUUCGUCUGCAAGCUCAAUUACUGGAGCAAAACAGAAAAUUUAGAGGAAACACUUUUCAACCAGUACAUGAUGUGCUACCGAAUUCGUCCCUGACGGAAAGGGAAAAUGAGCUGGCAGUGGGAUUCAAGAAGUACGAAAAGGGGAAAAAUGGGCUUCCAGUUCUACAACGGAAACAAAAAGGAAAAGAAAAUCUUAACUUGGAGGAAUUAUCCAGAAUGUCACUAGGUAUUCGUUCAGUAAGCUACUAUCGAGACUGGUCCAGUAGAGAAAUGUCAGCUGAAUUAGAGAAAGUCUUCAAAGGACUGGAUAUCUGUGGAGGCUAGUGCUUGUGUGUGAAGAGUGGAAAGUUCCUGAAACAUGUUCAAAGUAAUGUUCCCGAUGGAAAAUCUAUCAAGGGUGUGUUCCCCAAGAUGGUGUAUAUUAUACCAAUGCAAAUGGAUAUCGUAGGAGUGUUGGAUUGUAAUUAUAAUAAAAACUCGUCAUCGUCCUUUUAUGUAGACCCAAGCAAUAUCUCUCAGUCGUUGUAGAAAAC